UGUGAUUUUGACGUCCGACAUCUGUGGCGCUACCAUCCAAUCAGAAAACAAAAUAUUCAUGUGUGAACUGGAGUAUCCCACGUGUUCGUUUUUAUCUGCCUACAAUAACUAUUUGUUUAUCGCUGUCAAAAAAAGUGGUUUAACCGAUUGAACUGUGUUUAUAUAAUGUCCGAGAGCGAAAACGAAGUGGUAGCUGAUGAAGAACAGCAGGAGAACGUUACUUGGAAAGAUUUGGGCGUUCUAGAUUCACUUUGCACCGCUUGUGAAGACUUAAAAUGGAAAUCACCAACAAAAAUACAGCGGGAAGCUAUUCCCCUAACUUUGCAAGGGAAGGACGUGAUUGGUUUGGCGGAGACAGGUUCUGGUAAAACAGCAGCUUUUGCGAUUCCUAUAUUGCAAUCACUUUUGGAAAAUCCCCAGAGAUACUUUGCAUUGAUUCUUACACCAACGAGAGAAUUGGCCUUCCAAAUAGCAGAACAGUUUGAAGCUCUCGGUGCAACUAUCGGAGUAAAAUGCGCCGUAAUUGUUGGAGGAAUGGACAUGAUGUCACAGUCGCUACAAUUAGCAAAAAAGCCCCACAUUUUGAUAGCAACACCUGGACGUUUGGUCGAUCAUUUAGAAAAUACAAAGGGAUUCAAUCUUCGAUCCCUCAAGUAUCUUGUCAUGGACGAAGCUGAUCGAAUUCUCAACAUGGACUUUGAGGUCGAAGUCGACAAAAUACUGCGUGUCAUACCUCGCGAGAGAAGAACACUUUUGUUCUCAGCAACGAUGACGAAGAAAGUACAAAAAUUGCAACGAGCCUCUCUACGCAAUCCUGUCAAAGUUGAAGUUUCUACAAAGUAUCAAACCGUUGAAAAACUUCAACAGUAUUAUCUCUUCAUUCCCACCAAAUUCAAAGAUGUCUAUUUGGUGCAUAUUCUCAACGAAUUGGCAGGCAAUAGUUUCAUGAUUUUUUGUGGUACUUGUAACAAUACAGUACGGACAGCAUUGUUAUUACGACAUUUAGGAUUCAUGGCAGUGCCUCUUCAUGGUCAAAUGUCUCAGAACAAAAGAUUGGCAGCUUUAACAAAGUUUAAAGCGAAGAAUCGAUCGAUUCUCAUAUCCACCGACGUUGCUAGCAGGGGUCUUGACAUUCCACACGUCGACGUUGUAAUAAAUUUCGACAUACCGACUCACAGCAAAGAUUACAUUCAUCGAGUGGGAAGAACAGCUCGUGCUGGGAGAUCGGGACGAUCAAUUACGUUUGUUACGCAGUACGAUGUUGAGCUUUAUCAAAGAAUCGAGCAACUCAUAUCGAAACAAUUGCCCCUUUAUAAAACCGAGGAAGAUGAGGUAAUGUUGCUCCAGGAGAGAGUCGCUGAAGCGCAACGAAUGGUUAAGAUGGAAGUAAAAGACAUCGAGGACAAUAAGAAAUCGGGUAAGCGAAAAAAUCGCUCAAAAGAGGGUGACGAGGACGAUGACACGGAGCAAUCUUCGGGGGUGAGAAAACGUGUAAAGGGAGGAGGUAAAUUCAAGGGGAAAGGUAAAAGAGGCAGAUAAGGAGAAACCAUUGGGAGCCAAUAAACAAUUUUCCGUUGUUUGAAUUGCCUUUUGUAUAGUAACAAUAAAAUACUCCAAUUGUGACAGCUGAUAAA